UCUGACGUUAGCAAGACGGCAAUUUUGCACGCCAUUUUACGCUAUUCCUGCUGUCUGUCAUUCAGCUCAUGAGAAACUCAUUUGCCUACCUUUCGAAUUUUGCCCAUGGUAUAUAGACGAUCACAGAUGGCGUGGCGAUUAAUGUUUAACCUAGCCACAAAAAAAAACUAAAGUGAUUUAACAUGUGCGAGCAGCGAAAUGACAUGAAAAACUCUACAAUAUUUGUAGAAUAAAUGAAGUAUGCAAAACGUCCUAAUCAUAUAAAUUGUCUGAUCGUUGGCCAAAUUAUAAAUUAGUGUACCCAACCAACGUGUAGUGAAACAAAGACUAUUCCAAUGAUAUUUUUGCGAUUAGACAAACAAUCUAGUGAUGAAACAUGAAAAUAUUGAUAGUAAAAAUCAGCAGACUACAAACAAUGCAAUACGAUUCAUUAAGUGACAAAUUCGGAUAGAAAUUCAAACUACAAAAAAUGAAGCAAACGAUAAGCUGUGGUAGGCGGUUGAACGUAAAACCGAUAGUAAAAUCGUUUUUAUUAGUGGCAUUGCUAGCGAGCACCGGCCAUCGACCAACAUUAGCUCAAAGAGAUACGAUUUGUCCACCACAAGAUAUCAUUCUACCCUGUCGAUGCUCCCAGCGUGGCAGCGAGAUUCAGAUAUGGUGUUCCCACAGUGACCUACCCCGAGUGCUAACCGGCUUGAAAGCAGUUUCCAAAUCAAUCAAUCGUCCGGUUGAUGAACUUAUUCUGGAGAAUAAUUUCCUUCCAUCAUUGCCUGGCCGAACCUUCGCUCCUUUAAACAUACUUAGGUUGAUGCUUCGGCACAAUGGUUUGGAGAGGGUUUCUAACGGGUGGCUGAAUGAAUUAGAUAACAACCUGGUCGAAGUAUUUAUAGUCGAGAGAAACCUCAGAAGUGUUCCAGUGGAUAGUUUGUCUGGGCUACGAAAACUUGAAGCCGUAACAAUUCAUAGUGACAAUUUGAAAAGACUUCCAGACUUCUCUGGAUUACCCAAACUAAAAUAUAUCAGCGUCCAAAGUUCCUCACUUAUUGAGAUAUCUCCACAGAGUUUUCGUGAUUUGAAGAAUUUGGAGACUGUUCAUAUUGCCGGAAGUCGAACAUUGACCCGUUUGGAAGGCGGUUUGUUGAACGAUUUGCCAAAAUUAUCGUUAAUCAACCUAUCCGAAAAUGGAAUCGAUUGGAUUCAUUUGAGAUCAUUUGUUGGGCUACCGAGUCUGAAGACGCUACAAUUGAGUGGUAAUAAAAUCGUGGAAUCAGGAAUGGUAGGACGAGCAGUGAAAGAUAUUCCCAAUUUAACCAUUCUUAAACUAGAUAGAAAUGUGAUUUCUAAACUAAACGAGGGCAGCUUUGUGGAUCUUCCUUCGCUGAAGGAAUUAUAUUUGAAUGACAAUAUGAUUACCGAGAUAUAUCAUGGGGCGUUCCAUCGAACGCCUAGUUUAAAAUUGGUACACUUGGAAAAUAACUACCUAAGAAGAGUGCACCCAGAAUCCUUCCUACAAGCUUCUGGAAGUGGUGUAGAAAUUAUGCACUUGCAGCAAAACGAAAUUGGAAGAGUUGAAGAGCUUAGAUCUUUAUUAGAUGCACUCCCUAUGCUGCGAUUUCUAGAUUUAAGUUACAAUAAGCUAGAUGCGAUACCAUUCGGAGCCCUUCGGGGUCACGGAACUUUGGAGCAGCUCUAUCUGAACAAUAAUAAUAUUCGAAUGAUUGAACGAGACGCUUUCAUGGCCAUGCCAGGUCUCCGAGAGCUUCGGCUUAGUAAUAACUCCUUAUCGGAUCUACUUCCAAUGCCUUUUUGGAAUCUACCAGGAUUGAAAGGAAUCGACAUUUCGUAUAACAAUUUUCGUCGAGUUGAUUCAAAUCUCUUAAUCGGGGUUCCGUCGCUAAGACGUUUCGACAUCAGCGGAAAUUCAUUGAGUGUCCUCGAUCCAGCAGCAUUCGUACAUACUCCAAUGUUGGAAACAGUUAACAUUUCGUUCAAUGAGCUGAACCUGAUACACCCGGCAACAUUUCACGAGCUUAAUCACAUGUUCGAAGUGGACGCUGGAAACAACAAACUUCAGGAGUUCAUCCCAGGUCUACCGAUAGCUGUCGAACGGAUCAAUUUGGCCCGAAACCUUAUCACAGCCUUCCCACAGCCGCCAUCCAACUCGCUGGACCUUCCAGCCCUUAGAAUGCUAGACGUCAGCGGUAAUAAAUUAAUUCGAGUAGCAAAGGGAACAUUCCAAACCACGCCGCAACUGCGAAUUCUUGGAUUAGCACGAAACCAAUUGCAAAGUGUCGACGAUGGAAGUUUCAGUGGUUUAAAUCGAUUGGAAGUUUUAAGUUUACAGGAUAACAAACUUCUAGCACUACACGAACGUUCACUAUCUCCCUUAGAGAAUUUACGUGAGUUGAACUUGCAAGGCAACCGAAUCGAAGUGCUUGUUGAUCACCUUUUAGACAACAAUGGUAAUCUCGAACGAUUUGACGCUUCCCGAAAUAGCAUCGUUGAAAUUUCAUCCAAGGCAUUCCGUAACAGUAGAUCCCUGCAGACCUUGGACCUAUCCGGUAACAAACUUCGAGAACUUCCCGAAUCUCUUUCUGGACUAAAUGAUCUUCAGGAGAUUGAUGUAAGCUUUAAUCAGUUAACAGAACUAACACCGACUGUGCUAGCAUCAUGGAGAAAUUUGGAAGAUUUAAAAGCAUCGAACAAUAAGGUGAACCAACUCCGCCAAGGAUCAUUGAGGAAUCUUCCUCUGUUGAAAUAUUUGGAUUUAUCUAGCAAUGAGUUAACGAUUUUAGAGCACGGAUCCUUGAGAAAUCUACCAGAGUUGCAAGAAUUGGUGCUAGCCGAUAACAAGUUAGUCGAUCUGAAGGAUCGGAUAUUUGAGGAUUUACCUAAUCUACAGGCAGUGCAUCUUCAACAAAACAAUCUGCAAUACAUUUCACCGUACACAUUCUAUCGAUCACCAUCAAUAGUAUAUCUGAAUUUAUCGACAAAUCAGUUCCGUUCGCUAGACAGUGUGGGAUUGCGAAGUAUCCGAAAUUUAGAAGUUCUGGACUUAUCUGGAAACUCCAUUAAAAAAAUCAUUCCGAAUCCUCUUAGAGGGCUGGAUUGGCUCGUAGAAUUAAAGUUGGAUAAUAACAUGAUCUGUGGUAUUCAAGGGGAGCCGUUCUCAUCUAUGCCACGAUUACGAGUACUCAGCUUGAAAAACAACAGGAUGUCGCGAGUACCGGAGGCAAUUUUCCGCAGCCUGCGUACCAACAUUGCCAUUCUGGAUAUCGAUGGAAACCCACUGGAUUGUAGUUGUGACAUGCUGUGGUACCUGGCCUGGCUGCAAGAAACAAAACAUCUUUAUCCUGGUCCUCGAUGCCGGGAUGGAAAAAUGUUGAUGGACACUCGUUUAUCAAGAAAUGACUGUCAAACGGAUGCUAGAGCUGGAAUCGGUCUCGAUGAAAGUGUUCAAUUGACCAACGAACACGGCGACGUAUUUAUGCGAUCCGUAGAUUUCAAUGACUGCGAAAUGGAUAGUUAUGAGGUCAUGCAACCUGGACCAGCUCCUGGGAUAGGGUCCGGUGAUAUAUCCCACCCCGCUUCGCCUGCAGACAGUGAGUACUUCCUCGAUCAGUACAUUGACUACCCCAAUGCUUUGAACGACAGCAAUCUUUUGGAACGGAUUAAUGGAUCUACAUUUUCAGGAGACCCAGUUGGACAUCAUAACAUAAACCACAGCUUCGUUGACUUCAACAACAACAAAUUCAAUAAUUUGUACAAUGCACCUCCACAGAUGCAAAACAAUUCACCAUUCACCUUCUUCGGUGUACCGAUUCCAAGCUUGAACAUUGGGAAGAUGUUCAGUGGAUCUGGUCGAAGUUCUAACAAUCGAGCAGCAAUUGGCACACGUGGUAAAGGCCGAGUGCAAAUCUAUCAUCCAGAGGAUACUUCCUCUGCGACGAUUUCCAAAAAUACUCAUCACCAAGGGCCAGAAAUUUCUAUUAAAACACCAGACGAUAACCAAGAAAAUAAUCCAGGAGCAUCCAACGACAAUAGUCUGUUCUAUCGUCCUUAUUUUCAAACUCCGUUCCGCAAUCCAAACCCACAGAAGGGUGGAUUUAGUCCUUUCAUACCAGGUAGUGAGGGAGGAUUUAAACCAAUGUCCGAACCAACAGUCAAAAUUAUCAAACAAAACAUCUCCGGGCCCGGUCGAUGGCCUGAGGAAUUCAGUGAGCGUGUUCCUUUAGUGACCGAACCAACACACUAUCAUCACAAAAAUCAAUUCGAUCCAACAAUUAAAUCGAAUCCUAACGCACCGUACUUUGUGGAUGGAAUAAGUCAUGUUCCAAAUUCUGCACCUUCACCUCAUAAGGACAAAGAAUCAGAAAAUACUAAAGAAAGUUCAAAUCGUUCCGAAAUAACUGAAAAAUCUAGCACACAAAUAAACGGAAAUGCUGGCGAAAACUCCGAACUGGAAGAAAGUGAUGAAACAGAAGAUACCGAGGAUGAUAUUGAAAGAGAGCCAGCUCCACCCUUUCGGAGUUCUUCAAAAUACGAUGAAAACGAUAUAACUACUCGAUUAUCGAUCGAACUUGGUACGGCAACCACAGUUGGUCCUUUGGGUUUUAAUAAACCUUACACUUUGCAUGAAAAUCAUGGCACCAUGACGCGAGAACUCACGCGAGCUCCGGCAAGUGAAUUCUACGACGGAGUGAAUCAAUCACCUAGUUCCCUCUCGGCCCUGGUUGCUUCGGGAACAAUCCAGCAAAACGGAAUCUCUGGUGGAUCACCACCUCCGAAACGGCCGAUCGGAAAAUCAACAAUUGAAAAAGUUGCCUCUCCUUUGUCCUCAACCGUGAUGCCUUUUGUUGGAAGUUCAUUACGCGGAGAUGAGUAUUCGCACGGAACACACCGUAACCCACCAAAAUACGACGGUGGUAGCGAUUUCGUUACUCAGAAUAUAGCUGAUUUGGCACCACACCAGUCAUUCGGAGGAAACGAAAUACGAAAACGAGAGGAUAUGGAAUGGUAUUAUGCAACAUAUAAUCAUACGCCAAUUUACGAUUUCUAUGAACCUGAAAUUGUUGAAUUCAACAGCGGAAAUAUUCGGACUGUUUCCGCAGUAAUGCUGAUAUUUUUUACAGUUUACUCGAUUGUGACAAGAACAUUAAUGUAAAUCGUAUCUUAGCAUGAAGCACGGUUUAGCGAUAGUCCACGUAGAAAGUAAGUAUAAAUAUAUAGGAUGAAGAGAAGCACAAGAAUUAUGUCAGAAGGUAUCAACCCGUCCAUUUGUAUAAAGAUUUCAACAUGAUUAAAGUGUAAUAAAUCUGUACGAUACAUAGUAUUAAAGAUAUCAAGAAAAUCUAUUAAUGCGUCUUUGCAACUCUACUAUUCAAAACAUACCCCGAAUUCUCAGUAUCAAUCAACCAAAUAAAUCCUUAAAUAUAUAUAUUCCCGUGAUAUGCAGCUUCUAUUUCAAUCAAUAUACAGGAGAUAUUAG